AUGUCACGACGACUUGUUCUUUCUCUUGCACUCUGUGGUUUGUUUGAUUCUGUCACACCUCAGUUGUUUCCCAAUUCUACCAAUUCCAGUACAACAAACUCUGCUUCAGUACAUUGGCUUGGUGAAAAGCCGACGUACAACUAUGGCACAACGUUCGGACUUCCCUGGGCCCAAGGACAACAUUAUCCCGGAAAUACCACAUUUACUGUGUCAAGUUCAUCUAAUGAGCAAGUCGAACUUCAGAGCUGGGUCACAGGUCAGUGGGCAGAUGGCUCAGUUAAGUGGACUGGCCAUGCCAUUCCUGCUUCUGAUGUUCUAGCCGACAAGUAUACCGUCACGGCACAGAAGUUGAAGAAUACUACAACUUCUCCCUUCACGAAUAAGACUGGGUCAAUCACCGUCACAGAUUCAGACUCCAAGGUCACUGUCAGCACAGGGAAACUCACAGCGUCAUUUCCAAAGACAGGCAACGUUCUCAUCGACAGCAUCCAAACCAAGAGCGGAAAAGUCAUUGGGAAGGACGGACACCUUGUUCUUCAAUCCCAAUCAGGCGUUGCAGACACAUCUGAAGGCCGUGCAAACUCUUCUAUCAAUUACUUCAAUUUCUUGAGCAAGAUUGAGGAGGUCACUGUUACUGAGCAGGCUUCUGUUCGGGCUUUGGUCACUGUUCGUGGCAACCACACAGUACAGGAUGGUGGAAGUCAUGAGGAUUGGCUCCCAUUCGUCUUGCGAUUCUACUUGUACGCCAAUUCAGACUCCAUCAGAUUGGUCCAUAGUCUGGUGUUCGAUGGAGCUGCAAACGAAGAUCUCAUCACUGGUGUGGGUAUCCGAUUCAGUGUCCUGCUGAAGGACGAGGCUCAGUAUGACCGACACGUAAGGUUCGCAGGUGUUGACGGGGGCUUGAUCAGCGAGGCCGUACAAGGUAUCACAGGUUUGAGAAGAGAUCCUGGUCAGGUCGUGAGAACGGCACAAGUCGACGGUGAUGCUUUACCAGCUACCAGCACAUGGGAUGUGAGAGUGUCUUCCAGACUCAGAUGGAUUCCAACUUGGGGCGACUAUAGUUUGAAUCAACUGUCCUCGGAUGGUUUCACUCUGAGGAAACGAACCAAAGCUGGCCAGAGCUGGGUUAAUGUUGCUGGAGGAACUCGUUCAGGUGGUUUGGCGUACCUCGGUGGUGCAACAACGGGUGGUCUGGCAGUGGGGCUUCGUGACUUCUGGAAACGUUUCCCCAGUGGACUUGACAUCUCGAAUGCAUCGUCAGACCAAGGUGACCUCACAGUCUGGCUCUAUGACCCAGCUGCGCAACCUCUCGACCUCCGCCCAUACCAUGAUGGUCUAGGCCAAAAUGGCUACAAGGAUCAACUCGAUGCUCUUGAGAUCACUUAUGAAGACUGGGAACCCGGGUUCGACACUCCUUACGGCAUCGCCAGAACAAGCGAGGUUUACCUUUUCGGUUUCGAAAAGACACCCACGAGAGACACACUCGCAGGGCUAACAGAGUAUAUCCAUAACCCUCCAGUUCUGGCCGCCGAGUCCGCAUACCUACAAGAGUCCAAGGCCAUUGGCACCUACUGGUCUUUACCAGACACCGACAGUCCCCAAGCAGCUGUAAUUGAAGACCAUCUUGAUUUCCUAUUCAAGUUCUACGAGGAGCAAAUUGAGCAGCGCAGAUGGUACGGCUUCCUUGACUAUGGUGAUUUCAUGCACACCUAUGAUACGGACCGUCAUUCAUGGCGCUACGAUGUUGGUGGUUAUGGCUGGGAUAACUCUGAGUUGUCACCAGAUCUGUUCUUCUGGUUGUACUUCCUGCGCACUGGCCGACAAGAUGUCUACCGCUUUGCAGAGGCAUUGACCCGCCACACGGGUGAGGUAGACGUCUACCAUAUUGGCAAAUGGAAAGGUCUCGGGACCCGUCACGGGGUCCAGCAUUUCUCAGAUAGCGCAAAGCAAGCCCGUAUCUCGCAGCCGCAAUACCGCAAAUACUUCUACUACUUCUCCGGCGGAGACGAGCGAGUUGGCGAGCUUAUGGAUGAACUCCUCGAUACUGUCAACACAUACGGAAUCCUCGACCCAAACAGAAAAGUCCGCACUGAUGGCUGGGUUCCCACACCGGGCUCAUCAGUAGCCAUCGGUCUUGGUACGGAUUGGGGAGCAUUGGCAGGUGGAUGGUUGAUCGCCUGGGAACGUCGCAGUGCCCGAUGGGAAGAAGCGAAGACGAAACUCACCAACACGAUCAGUGGCAUCGCUGCUUUGAAGAACGGUUUCGUGACCGGCACAUCACUUUUUAACCUCACAUCCAGCACACUUGGUCCUCCUCCAGCGGAUCCCAACAAUACUGGUUACGUAGCAGUUUCACAUCUAUCCGCUGUCUUCGGUCUACCAGAAGUGGUAUCCGAGGCGAUUGAGUACUACGGCUCCGAUCUACCUGCUGGGUUCAAGGACGCCUGGCUAGACUACUGCUACUACUUCCGUGCUAGCAGCGCUGAGCAGAUUGCGCGAUACGGCGUUAGUUUCGGCUCACUGAACUUGUAUCAGGGCCAUUCGAGACUGAUUGCGUACGUGGCGAACGAAAAAAAUAAUGCUACUAUAGCCGCCCGAGCGUGGCAGCAGUUUUACUCAUCUGAUGGGUUGAAGCCUACUGCGGCGUGGAACAAGACGAAUGUGGCUGGUGCCAGGGUCAUUCAUCCUGUCACCGAAGCCCCCUGGAUUCCAGGAACGAACGACGUUGCGCAAUAUGGUCUUGCUGCUAUUCAGAAUUUGGCUUUAGUAAGAGAUACUCUGGAGAGUUCGUAUCCGUAA